GUGGAGGUGUCGUGCGGGGCCGGCGGUGCGCUGCGUGUACGCCCCGCUGCUGAGAGCGAGUGGCUUACAUGCGGUGCCGGCAGCCGUGUGUCUGCAUGUGCGAAGUACGCAGACCUCUGCCGCCAGCGUACCGCAAGAGCAACAACAACAACUAUUGACACUACUACUGCUGGACAGCCAAAGGCGGUGAUGGCGUUUUUGGAAGACUUUCCUUACACUUCUACAAACGAUAACGAUACUGUAUACGUUUUAAACCUGAAU